AUGGUGUCGUUGCUGAGAAGUUUUGUUAACAGAACCUUUGGUUCUGCCCGUUGUUGUAAUCGAUCCCCUUGCAUCAGGAGAACUUUCAAUGGCGAUGUAGAAGCUGAGGAAUUUCAGGAUGCAAGUACCCGUUGUUUGUCAUCAUACUACAGUGUGUUCAUGGUUCGACUUGCAAUCAUGGUCAUGCUGGCAAUUUUGAUUGGGAUGCUAACUCUUCUGACAUGGCAUUUUACAAGAGUUUACACCAGAAGAUCUCUGAAUACAUUAGCCUAUGGACUUCGCUAUGAACUUCUUCAACGGCCAUUACUACGAAUGUGGAAUAUAUUGAAUUCAACUGUUGAAAUAGCAACUGCUCAGGUGAAUUUGUCAGAAUAUGUGAUCAAGAGGUACAGCAAGCCAGUUAAUCAAGCACAGCAAGUCGAGUUGUAUGAAGCAAUGAGAGAUAUGACAUGGGCAUUGUUUGCAAGUCGAAGUUCCCUUAAUUCAAUAACAAUAAAUUACAGAAAUGGUUUUGUCCAGGCUUUUCACAGAGAUCACAGAAGCAAUAGCACAUAUUACAUUUUUUCUGAUCUCGUCAACUAUUCAAUCAGCGGGACAUACUACACUGAUAAGCUAUCAUCUCGCCAAGGGUGGAAUGAUCAAUCCAUUCAAGGAAACCUUUCCGCAAUCUGGUAUAGGGAACCUCUAGAUCCUGGUACUGGUGUACAGAUAGGAAAAGCCAGGCCGAUACCACCUGAUGAGUUAAUCAAUAUUGCUGGCAUUUCACAAGUUCCUGAUGGUGCGGCAUCAUGGCAUAUAGCAGUAAGCAAGUAUUCAGAUUCCCCACUUCUCUCUGCAGCAUUGCCCGUUUGGGACUCCAAUGAAAGCAUAGUGGCUGUUGUAGGUGUUACUACUGCACUUUAUAGUGUGGGUCAACUAAUGAAAGAGCUUGUAGAAUUUCACAGUGGACAUAUAUAUUUAACCUCUCAAGAAGGUUGGCUGCUUGCUACUUCCACAAACUCUCCCCUAUUGAUGAAUACAACAAAAGGGCCAAAGCUUAUGAUGGCUGUGGAUUCAGAAGACCAUGUGAUCCGAUUGGGGGCUGAAUGGUUACAAAAAUCGAUAGCUGACAAAUCUCCUUCAAAUCAUGAAGUUCACAUAGAGAAUGCACGGCUCGGACAUCAGCUUUAUUACAUCGACUCCUUCUUUCUCAACCUCAAGAGACUUCCGAUGGUGGGUGUUAUCAUCAUCCCAAGAAAGUACAUAAUGGGAAAGGUGGAUGAGAAAGCUUUCAAGACAUUAGUUGUAUUGUUAUCAGUAUCUGCCUGCAUUAUAGUCAUUGGGUGUGUUUGCAUCUUCUUAUUGACAAAUGGGGUGUCAAAGGAAAUGAAAUUAAGAGCAGCACUCAUUAGUCAUCUUGAUGCAAGGAGAAAAGCAGAAGCAUCCAGCAACUAUAAGAGCCAGUUUCUGGCAAACAUGAGCCAUGAACUAAGAACACCUAUGGCUGCUGUGAUUGGACUACUGGACAUUCUAAUUUGUGAUGACUGUCUCACCAAUGAGCAGUAUGCAAACGUUACCCAAAUUCGCAAGUGCUCAACUGCUUUGCUCAGACUUCUGAACAACAUUCUGGAUCUAAGCAAGGUAGAAUCUGGAAAACUAGUGUUGGAAGAUACUGAGUUCGACUUGGGCCGAGAACUUGAAGGGCUAGUGGAUAUGUUCUCUGUCCAGCGCAUCAACCACAAUGUAGAAAUUAUUCUAGACCUCUCAGAUGACAUGCCGAAAGUAGUCCGGGGAGAUUCUGCUCGAGUUGUUCAAAUCUUUGCCAACCUCAUCAGCAACUCUAUCAAGUUCACAACUUCAGGACACAUCAUCCUGAGGGGCUGGUGUGAUAUGCCAAAUAAUGUUGUCACCAGCACCACAAUGUCCCCAGUUGUUCAAAAGGAAUUAUGGGCAGUGCAUAGGACUAAGUUGAAGCAAAAUCAUAAAAGUGAGGAAAAGAAGGUGUUCAAGAGCGAAAACAAAAUGGUUAUAUGGUUUGAAGUUGAUGACACAGGAUGUGGAAUUGAUCCAAGCAAAUGGGAAUCUGUAUUUGAAAGCUUUGAGCAAGCUGAUCCUUCAACAACUCGGUUGCAUGGUGGUACUGGGCUUGGACUUUGCAUUGUUCGGACCUUGGUUCAGAAGAUGGGUGGAGAGAUUAAAGUAGUAAAGAAAGAUGGACCAGGUACUCUGAUGCGAUUUAACCUAAUGCUAAGUACACCAACAGAUCUCGAUGGUGGGGGAAAUAAUUGCCAGUUCAAAUUUGAAGAACAUAAACCGAUUAUGUUGCUUGCCCUUAGUGGAAGAAUGGGUAGACUAAUUUUGACCCAGUGGUUGCGGCAAAAUGAUGUUUACACACAUGAAGCUUCUGAAUGGAAUGAGCUGACACAGAUUCUUCAGGAACACUUCAAAGUAAAUCAUGGCCUUGGAAGUGAGGUUUCUGAUACCGAGGAACAGAAUACACAAGACAUAAAGAUCACGACAGCUAUAAUAGUCAUUGAUAUUCGGCUUCUAGACUUGAGCACAGGUAUUUGGAGGGAACAGCUGAGUUAUCUAGAUAAUUAUUGUGACAGAGCUAAGUUGGCAUGGAUUCUGAACCAUGAUACAUCAAAUACCAUUAAGGCAGAGCUUCGCAGGCGAGGUCAUUUGAUAAUGGUCAAUAGACCCCUGUACAAAGCAAAAAUAAUGCACAUUCUGGAAGCUGUAAUGGAAGUCCAGAACCAGGAGGUGCAGCAGUAUAUGGCCACUGUAGCAGAAGGAAAUUCAAGCGAUUGUCAUGAAAUUGAAGCUGUUCACUCUUGUGCAGCCAGCUUUGCUGAUUCGGACAAAUCAGAGCAAGAUGAUCCUUCUCCAGCAAGUCCAUCUCAGGGUUGGGGGAAAGGAAAAGAGUACUUAGCCGAGACCUUACCCUUCCAAACGAAGACUUCUGGAGCAUGUUAUGUAAAUUUUGUGGAAAUUAAUCUUCAAAACAAUGCUUGCAACAUACGCCAUCCAGGUAAAACUAGAACUGACGACCAAUAUUUGAGAACCAAUUGCCUCAAAGAGCAAGAUACAGACUGUACACGCAGAUUCGUGAAUGAACAAAAGUCUCUAGAUGGAUUAAGGAUAUUACUUGCUGAAGAUACUCCUGUGCUUCAGAGAGUUGCAACCAUUAUGCUGGAAAAAUUAGGGGCUGAAGUUGUGGCUGUUGGAGAUGGAGUGCAAGCAGUGGAUGCUCUGAAAUUCAGGUCACAGACGAUUGGAUCUCCCAUUGAAGAUGACAAGAUGGGGAUCAGCCACCCCAGGGGACUGUCUCAGCUGCCAUUUGACUUGAUCUUAAUGGAUUGUCAGAUGCCGAAGAUGGAUGGUUAUGAAGCAACAAAAGCAAUACGAAAAUUAGAAGAGAGAACUGGUGUCCAUAUUCCAAUAGUUGCAUUGACAGCUCAUGCAAUGUCAUGUGAUGAAGCCAAGUGCUUGGAGGUGGGAAUGGAUGCUUACUUGACGAAACCAAUCGAUCGCAAGUUGAUGGUUUCAACAAUCCUAUCUUUAACAGAGAGAACAAUCGAACAGUAG